GCCCCCUCACGCUCUCGCGCGCUUUGUGCAUCCCGUAUUAUCCUCCCCUGAAAGCUAAAACCUCAGGUGAAGGUUCCGGGUCACGUGGUCGGACGGUUUCUCCGUGCACUGGAAAGGAAGUAGCCGGGACCGGAGCCAUGGAGGCCGGAGGGCAGGAUGACGAGGUCGAGUCUCACGGGCUGCACAAGAAGAAACACAAGAAGCACAAGAAGCAUAAGAAGAAGCACCACCAGGAGGGCGGCGCGCCCUGCGCGCACACUCACCACCGCAGCACCGACACCAAGACCACCCAGAAACCACAGCUCCGCCUGAAGAUAAAGCUGGGGGGACAAGUGCUGGGGACCAAGAGCGUCCCCACGUUCACCGUCAUCCCCGAGCAGUCCCGCUCACAGUCCCCACUCAUGGUGGUGGACGAAGACGACGAGCCCAUGGAGGGCGUCCCCAUAGAGCAGUACCGGGCCUGGCUGGACGAGGACAGUAACAUGGAUCCGCUGCCCUCCCCCCGUGGCGCUCCGGCGUCGGAGCAGGAUGAAGAGACGCGCUGGCUGGACGCUCUCGAGAGGGGAGAUCUGGAUGUCAAUGGGGAUCUGAAGAGAGAGACCGACGAGACCCUGCUCACCGCUCGUCAGGUGAGUGUCGGUGGUCGGCGUUACCCGGGCCCCUCCGUGCUCCUGGCUUCAUGUUGUGUGUCCUGUCCACAGAGAGCCCUCCUGCAGAAGCAGCAGACCCCCACAGCCCCUCUCUACCCCGCGGCGGUGUACUCGUGUCCCCCGCAGGAGAUAUCUCAGGAGAUGCUGGUGAAGAGGGAGGAGAAGGCUCGAAAGAGGAGACUGCAGGCGGCCAAGAAGGCCGAGGAGAGCAAGAAGCAGACCAUCGAGAGACUGACCAAGACCUCCAAAUCCCGAGGCGCCAAACCCGCCUCAGGGAGAAGGGGGGGGCGCCACCCCCCCUGCCCCACUGUGCGCUAUGUAAAUAACGCCCACAGUGUCACCGUGUCCUACCCGCCUGGAGUCCCCUACCCUGUCCCUGCAGAGCCCCGACCUGCCCUGCCCGCCCCACAACUCUGCCGCGCUCCUGGGUGCUCCAACCCUAAAAGGUACUCCUGUGCUAAGACUCGCCUCCCCCUGUGCAGCCUGGAGUGUUACCACCGGAACCUGGCGGUCCACAGCUCACGGACAGCCACUGACAGCAAGACGUGAACCGCCAGCACAGUCACCCACUGCUCUGCCUCACUGUGUAUAGGAGGACCGUGGGUGUCGGCGGACGGGGCGUCCUACACAAUCCGCUCCAUGAAAACUUCAACGUGUGUAAAUAAAGAGGACUCCACUACAUUACUAC